AAUUACUCCCAACACCACUCCUCUUGGAGUCAAUCAAAGCUAUGAAAAUCGAGUGGUGGGAUGAACUACGAGGAAGUUUAUCGAAGACCAGGAAUUUCUACCUCACAACCAAGAAGUGAGCACAAAGAAAUCAAAUUGGUUUACACUAGCUCGUAAAAACGAUAUUGGAUAUUGGAAGUGCGCGGUUUUCUCCGGGCAGUGUUACAAUACUAAAAUUCCAUCCGGACGUUGUGUUCCGUAGGAUUCCUGUACGAAUAUUCGUGUUUAAGUGACUUUCUCACAUUUAAAUCUGAUGACAUAAUACCAGAUAUGUCCAGUACUGUGGAUUUCCGCGUACAAACUUUAACACUCUGUCGUUCCUUCUUAAUAGCCAGUGCAAAUAAACAAGAUGCCAGUUACCUAACUGAUUUAGCUGAUAAUACAACUACUGAAUUAAGCUCCAUUCCCAAUGGACCAGAAAUCAUCAAAUCAUUACUUCACUUAGUAAGAGAGUUUAAUCAACGUCUCAGUCAAACACGUGAAGUUGAACCAGUAGCUGAAAGCUUGGGUAUAGAUUCAGAUAAACCGAUUGAUACAAUAGCUUUGGAAACAUCCUAUAUUGAAAUCUUAGAUGGAUUAUUUGAAAAGUUAAAUUGGGGACGUAUUGUAGCGAUGUUUGCAUUUCUGCGCAUAUUAGUUUUAAGGUUAUCAAAACAUGGACACAAUGAUGCAAUACAAAUGCUUGUGAAGACAACAAGUAAAUAUUGUGAUGAAAAGUUGAAAAAUUGGAUCAAUCUUCAUGAUGGUUGGUCUGGAUUAAUUGAUUUCACUGGUAAUCAGUAUAUAAAUGAUGGACAAGAAUUAAUUUGGCGAACAUUACGCAAUGUUGGUGGAUUUGCUACUGGAGCUGUUGGAGCCUUGGGGCUAGUUGCAUUAGUUGGUUAUAUUGCAAACAAGAUUUAACCUGGCAAUUCUGUUCAUAUUAACAUUGAUCGGGCUUUCGUUUAUCACUAUUAUUAUAACUACCACUACUACUCUACAAUGACUAAUUUCUCACUUGUUAAUACAUUUUUUUUUGUUUAUAUCUGUUGAGUAUUAUAAGCAAAAUAUAAAGAGGAUUGCUGUGUUUAGCAAUCAUCUUUAACACUUGUAUGUGAUCGGGAAUUUCUAGUGUUUUCCAUUUAUAUUUAUUGUUUAUUUUUGUUUCGCAACACUAUAUAUAUAUCCCUGCUGUACUUGUUAUAAAAAUUAUUGACCACAGUUCCUCUUAAAAUAUUGUUGCUUUGUUUCAAUGUCCUACUGUUUGUGCUGUUUGAGCUGACUGUUAAUCAUCACAACAGUUAUCUGCAUAAGUCGUCUAAUACGAUAACUCCAUUGUAAAUGAUGACUGUUGGUUUGAUAAAACUCUGACCAACACUUAUUUAUUUGAUUGAUAUUCAUAAACAUACAUACAGAAAUGAAAUUUUGGAUGAUAGCGGUUUUUUCUGUAAGUGUUCAGAAAACAAAAUCACUUUCCAUGUACUUAAUAACCUCCUUCAUCAAAUAAACUUGCUAUCCUUUCUUACACACACACACACACACUAUAAACGACAUCUCAUCUAGUCCCUUGAUUGUUACUUCACAGCAUCAUCAUCAUCAUUAACAUCAUCUUCCAUUGUUAGCAGACAUUUGACGUCAUUGCUUGUUUGUUUGUUUCAGUUUACGGAUUCCACCUUUUUCUUUUAUUUCAUUUUCAGCGCCUUGUGUAUAAUACUAUUUUCUUUUGCUUUUGGUUAUUUUUGUUUCUGGCUGUUGAACAAGGUGUAAUGCACUGAAAGUGUCUCUGUCUCCCUCUCCCUUUGUGUGAGUGCAUAUGUGUGUCUUGUUUCAUUCUGAUGUGUGUGUGUGUGUUUGUUUCGCCAAGAUAGACGGACAUAUUCUGUUGAAGCUUGAAAGAGAGGGGGGGGGGGCGGGGAGAGAUUUUCGAUCUAUGUACACAUCUCUCUGCACAUAUUUAUAUAUAUAUGCAUGUAUGUAUGUAUAAGGAUAACUUUUCAUUUUUUUUCUUCUGUUAUUCUCCUAUUGUAUUGUCUAUUGAAGUCAAUCAUUUUUUUUGAGUUUUUGUUUUCUAAAAAACACACACUUACUUGCUUAGCUUUUGGUGGACUGGAAGUUGUCAGUAAUUUAUCAAAUGCGAUAUAUAUAUAUAUAUAUGUUGUGCGUUAGGUCUCUAUAUCUCUAAGCUGGUGAUAUUUAGUGUCU